AUGGACUCGAUGAUGGACAGCGCGAACACGAGGGGAAAGGCGACCCCGCCGUACGCGUCGGCAGACCCAAGCGACGGUCUCGAUUACACCCCCAGCUACAUGGAGGACGCACCGCCCAGCUACUCAGACGACUCGCCCAACUAUUCGACUUUGUCCUCGUCGGCGUCCUAUCCCGCGGCGUCGCGAAAACAGUAUUACAGGCCGCCCUCGCUUGCGGGCGCUCUCCUCGAGCGCGAAGGUCUCGGCGACCCCGGCGCCUUUCGCACCGUAUUAGGCAAGCACACGCACGCCGCGCGCGCGCCCUCUUGGCAGUGGCCUCAGCGGUCCUCGCCCGCGUCCACUGCCGGCCACGGACGCUCGCCCUCCUGCACCGCGCGCCUCCCAUCAUGGUCAAGCACCACCCCCCGGCGCAGCCUCCCCUCGCGCACCACGCUCAAACCCACAUCCCACGCGCUACUAUCCCACACGCCCGUCAGCACCCCCCGCUCGUGGAAGAACUCGCAGAGCCUCUGGCUCUCGCUCUACUUCACCGCAAACCUCGCGCUCACCUUAUACAACAAAUCCGUGCUCAUCAACUUUCCCUACCCCUACGCCUUGACGGCGGUACACUGUCUAUCUGGGACGAUUGGGACGAUAGUGUGCGCGUGGCUGAAGGUGUUUAAGCCACCGCGGCUGACAAGGGACGAGAAGGUGGUCAUCGUGAUGUUCAGUUUUUUGUACUCGAUCAACAUCGUGGUUAGCAAUCUCAGCUUGGGGUUGGUGUCGAUACCUGUGCACCAGGUGGUCCGGGCGCUGACGCCCAUCUUUACGCUGGCCAUAUCCAUGAUCCUGCUCUCCAAGCGACCAUCGAGGGGCAAGGUUAUCUGCCUCAUCCCCGUCAUGCUGGGUGUUGGCUUCGCCACCUACGGAGACUACAACUGCACAUUCUACGGCUUUAUCCUCACUAUCCUCGGUACCGUCCUCGCCGCGCUCAAGACGGUCCUCACCAACGUCCUGCAAACGGCCCCCAAGGCACCCAUGACCCACGCCUACGACAGCAAGAGCGAGAAGCUCCCCGCACCCAGCACAAUAUCCUCCCCCCCGAAAUCGGUUCAGAUACCCGUCAGCCGGACGCAUACUCUGCACUUCCCCCGCCCGACGAUUUCGCUCGACCCCAUGUCGCUGCUCUACGUCCUCAGCCCCAUCGCGUUUGCGGAGUGCAUGCUGCUCAGCUGGAUGACCGGAGAAUGGGAUCAGGUCGUCACGGCACUUGUGGGCAAAGACGGGCGGAGCAUCCGCGCGCACUCUGGCAUCGUUACCGCGCUCGCGCUCAACGGCUGCAUUGCGUUCAUGCUCAACGUCGUCAGCUUCGGGGCGAAUAAGCGCGUCGGCGCGGUCGGGAUGAGCGUGGCGGCGAACGUGAAGCAGGCGCUGACGAUCUUGCUGGCGGUGUUGAUCUUUGACUUCAUGAUCACGCCGUUGAACGUGUUGGGAAUAUCGUUGACCUUGAUUGGCGGUGCGCUGUACGCGUGGGUGGAGCUUGCGGAGAAGCAAAGGAGGAAGGCACUGCAGGAGGGACCGAGUACCGCGAGGCCGUGA